UCGGGAAAUACCAGGCGGGGAAUAGGAAAAGUAACACCAUGCGAGUAUUUAUCCAGCGACGUUUGGCAGCUUUAACAUACUAAUAAGAAAAGAAAGGCGUGCGAAAACACAACACUGCAACUGUAGAUUACGGGAGCAUCAUUUGCAGAGGUCGACAUUUUUGUUUUGUCUUUUGAGUAAAGGCAAGACCGCGGAUUUGGCCCUCACGCGGGCAUCCUUCAAAGCUAACUAGCGUGUUAGCUGUGAUGCUGUGUUGCUCUCCGAGCGUCUUCAUGAAUGGCUGAAGUCCAAAUCGCCAGUUGGUGUUAGAUGUGUGCCUCUUAAGACAAAAUGUCUGGCUUUAACUUUGGAUCAGGGACUCUUGGUUCCACCCCCGCUGGUGGGGGAUUCUCAUUUGGGUCCGUAACAAGUGCACCUGCCGCUGCUGCUGGUGGCUUCUCUAUUGGGGGUUUGGGUACAGCAGCCACAACCCUUGCCACCACCACCAGCACCACCCCAUCUCUUGGUCUAGGAGGCAGUCUCUUUGGUCAAAAACCUACUGGAGGAUUCUCUUUCAACACACCUGCCUCAAGCGCUGCUGCACCUACUACGGGCCUUACAUUAGGUGCCCCAGCCACUACAGCUGCAUCCACUGGCUUCAGCCUUGCCUUCAACAAGCCCACCGCCUCAGCAACACCCUUCUCACUCACCACCUCUUCCACGUCCACAUCAGCCCCUCCAGGAGCAGGCUUAUCAUUUGGCUCUGUCCUGACAUCCACAGCUCCACAGCAGCCUGCAGCUGGAGGCUUCACCCUUGGACUUGGUGGCGCAACUACUACCACAGCAGCAGCUUUAACAGGUCCAUCACUCGGCGGGAGUCUAUUCUCCAACACUUUGGCUGCAGGUUUGGGUCAGACCACUCUUGGAGGAGCAGGUGGGUUAACGUUGGGUUCUCUGUUGGCUACCUCAACAGCAGUAUCAGCAGCCCCUGCCCCCAGUAUUGGCUUGGGUGGGGUGGACUUCAGCACUUCUUCUGAGAGUAAAAGCGACACAUCCUCUGGAGCCAAUGCACAGGACAGCAAAGCUUUAAAAGAUGAGAACCUGCCACCAGUUAUUUGUCAAGAUGUUGAGAAUUUCCAAAAAUUUGUCAAAGACCAGAAACAGGUUCAGGAAGACAUAAGCAGGAUGUCAUCUAAGGCCAUUUCUAAAGUCCAAGAUGACAUCAAGAGCCUCAAACAGCUUCUCUCUGUUAGUGCCAGUGGUCUGCAGCGCCAGGCUCUGGCCAUCGACAAGCUAAAGCUGGAGACAGCUCAGGAGCUGAAAAAUGCUGACAUUGCACUGCGUACACAAAAGACUCCCCCUGGACUUCAGCACGAGAACACAGCUCCAUCAGAUUAUUUCCGUAGCCUGGUAGAGCAGUUUGAGGUGCAGUUGCAGCAGUACCGACAGCAGAUAGAAGAACUUGAGAACCACCUGACAACGCAGAGCAGUGGCUCCCACAUCACUCCUCAGGACCUGACCUUGGCCAUGCAGAAGUUGUAUCAGACAUUUGUUGCACAGGCCGCCCAGCUCCAGUCUGUUCACGAGAAUGUCAAGAUCUUGAAGCACCAGUACCUUUCCUACCGUCGGGCCUUCCUGGAGGACUCGACAGACGUCUUUGAGUCCAAACGGGCAUCUAACAGGAAGUGGCAGAGUACGCCACGAGUCACGACCGGACCUGCCCCAUUCUCCAGCGUGCCCAAUGCUGCAGCGGUUGCCAUGGCAGCUACGUUGACCCAGCAACAGCAGCCAACUCCAGGGACCCAGGCACCCUUGGGGGCAGGGUUCGGAAACCCCUUUGCCUCGGCAGUGGGCACUAGCUUGGGCUCUUCUACCCUUGGAGGUUUUGGUGGUGGGCCAGGAUUUGGUGGGGUGGGGACUGGGGGGUCUUCUUUUGCCUUCUCAACCACCAGUAAGCCCACAGGAGGCAGUCUGAGUGCAGGUUUUGGUGGCAGCAGCAGCUCAGGGUUCAACUUUAGUAACCCUGGCAUCAACCCAUCGGCUGGCCUGACAUUUGGCGUUUCUAACCAAGCUGCUGCAGGCUUCGGCGCAGCACCCCUUCUCCAGCUCAAGAAACCCCCUGCUGGUAAUAAAAGGGGCAAGAGAUAGAACCAAGGAAAAACAAAGCCCUGUGACUGACCAGCUGACUAGCUUGGGGUUUGUAGCGAGGAAGGCCUGGUCUCCCAGAAGCAUAUAUGUGCUAUAAUAAUCUUUAUCCAACUACAGUUCAAAGAUCUGAGGAUGAUCAGGGCUAGGAUUGAAUCCACCAUAAAACCAGAACAGGAUCCAAUUUUACAAUCACAUGGAGAUAUAAUUUACUUAAUAAACUUUGAAAUAAUGAAAAUCCCAUUGACCAAACAAUAAGCAUCUUUCUAUCACAAAUUGGUCUGUAUUGUCCACUGAUUUUAUUCAAUUUAAUUUGAUUCUAAAU